AUGCUCGAGAUCUUGGACGCGCUGGCCGAGGCCGCCUGGGACCUCCUAGCCUCUGCAUAUUCAAGGUUCGAAUUCGAUCUCGCCUAUUUCCGGGGUCUUUGUUUGUUGGCCCAAGUAGAUUUCGCCACCGGCAAGCCUCACCGAGCACAAGCCCAGGUCGCUCUCGGUCUGAGACUGGCUCAAACUCGGGGCUUACUCUGCAAAGAGAACGACCGGACAUCGAACGAUCGACUGUCUAUCGGCUGGCGCUCGCUUGUGUGGACGCUGUUCAUGAUGGAUCGCAUCUUAACUGGUGACAACAUCAGGUCAACCUGUAUUCCGGCCUUUUCCUUUCAUUUGUUUCUGAUGCGAAACGGGCCGCGACAUCCGGAUGGUGUGGCUGCGACCAAGGACAUCACGCUGCAGACAUCGUUUGAGGAUAAGCUCCGUGCAGGCUCUCUGGACCUCGUGGCAUGCAACAUCCUACUUGUCCAUCUGUGGGACACGACCAUGCAGGACAUCUUUCAGGUAGUUCCUGAAACGUCGGUUGCUUUCUGGAGAGACGGUUCGUCCAGGGCUAAACUCCACUCGGCGCUGCUGGAGUUUGAAAUGCGUAAACAGACAGUGGCCCAAUCCCAUCUCUAUUCCAUCGUCGGCUCUCCGCAGCGUGUCGUGGGCGAGCCUCAUCUGCGGCCGUAUUUUGGCGUGUGGGUGUUUUUCCAGAUCAUGUAUUCGGCCAUCAACUGCUGCUUACACCAUCCCUUCAUCAUCUUCAUGAAGACGCGUCAGCACCACGCUCAAGUGCCUCUGACGUACUUGCAAAAGUCAUAUCAAGACUCGUUGAUCCAUUCGGACUGGGUCAUCCGGCACAUCGUCGAGAUGCAAGAAGCCGGGAUACCACUGCACGAUCCGUUUGUGGGCCAUGUGGUCGCCAUCGCCGCCAGUAUCCAGCUGGAGCAUACCAUCAACAGACACGUGAAGAUUGCAAAGGUUGCGCGACGCAAGUUUGAGCGGGCACGUGAUUUUGUCGAGAGCAUGUCGGACAAAUGGCCCAACAUGCGGGACACAUUGAAUGUGCUGGAGCAAAUCUCAGCGCGUCUUCAACGCCGGCAGACCAUCCGCCAUGUGCAAGACGAGUACAACGGGGCGAUCCCCCCCAAUGAGAUACAGGAUGUAGCGAUCGAACCCGAAGACAUCGCGCUCAUGUGGAAACUGUUCGACUAUGCCUCGUUGUCGAGCGAGCAGAAGGCCUCGCCGGAGGUGACACCGCCGGCCGCGUUUCAGGACCGGCACGACAUGGUGAACGCCGACCAAGCGUAUAAUCUGGUUCCCAACAACUUUGUUACCGAAUCAAACACAAAUAACUGGCCUGUCGUCGAGAACCGGCAGGCUGCCGCUCACCAAGAGAGAGAGCCACUGACCGACCUUUUUCCCGACCAGCUGGAGGGAUUUGACUCUGCUCAGGAGUUUACCGAUGACUGGUCACUCUUCGGCAGGCCAUGGUCGGUGUACUUUUCCGCUGAUGUGGUAUGA